AUGAGUUCUCCGGUUCUUGCCGCGUUGCUGGGCAGUCUCGCCACAGGUGACCUCCCCCGUCUUGAGGCGUUCAGUUGGGACUGCCUGCUUGUGCUGCCUUUCUUUUGUUUGGCGCACUUGGGCGUGUGGCUUCUGCUGCAGCUGGUGCGCCGGCCGGCGCUGCAGCGGCAUUUCCCGCUGCUGCAGCAAGGGGGUUGGCCGCGCCACGGCGCCAACAGGCUCUGCUGCAUUCUGCACAGCUUGGUCGCCUUCCUCUGGGGCUUCGCUGUUCUAUAUAGAGAGGGGGCCUUUGGCCGGGCCCUGGGGUCCCUGGGGGCCCCAGUAGUCCCGGGAGCCCAGCCGUACUUCGGGAGCCCCGUUUCUGCGCUGCAGCGGCCGCUGCUGCUGUAUUCCUUUGCCUUUUUCGUGUACGACUUCGUGUACGUCUGCAUAGAACGCGACGUAGCCACCACUUUGCACCACGUGGGUGCUGUUGCUGCUUUCGUCACCAGCUUCUCCCGCGGCGUAGCCUCCGCUGAUAUAGUUGCAGGGCUCACAGUGGGGGAGUGCAGCACGCCUCUCCUCCACCUGCGUUACUUCGCAAGGCACUACUGCACGCUGGCAGCAGAGGCCAAGCAGGGGGCCCCCCAGAAGGACUUCGAGUCUGCGGGGGAGUCCCCAGCAUCGAACGGGGCCCCCAGCGGGGGGGAAACUGAAGAUAGCCCGGACGGGCAGAGUGCUGCAGCCACUCCCGAGGCAGAUCCUUCAGCCGCGGCGCCCAGGGGCCCCCCUGAGGCCGCCUCCAGGGGCCCCCGGGGGGCCCCCCCUGCCUGUGUUCAGGUGCCGCCAGGCAUCUGGGGCCUCUCGUUUGUCCUGCUGAAUAGAGCAGCAGAGCUGCUGUUUGUAUUCACCUUCAUUUCAGCCCGCGCACUUGUGGCCCCCGCCGUGACUGCAGCCACUUGUGUGUCUGCGCGCACGCCGCUGCUUGUGAAGGCGAUGGCGCUCACGGUUUGCUUCAUUAGCUUCUACUGGAUCGGCCAAAUCUUUUUUCUGGUUUACUACAGAGGAUCUGCAGGCCGACAGAGACGCAAAAAGACGGUCUAG